AUGGAUGCUCCUACGACGGACAAUAACGCAGGCUACGCGCGUGUGAGGGUAAAAGAAAGGAAAAGUGCCUUGCCUAAUAGAAGACCCGACAGCUUUGGAAGGAAACUAAUGUUGCAGCACUUCUCGGAAGCUACCAUACAGCUCGUUUGGAAAUCGAAGCAGAGCAAGCGUCAAGCACAAAAACGUAAACGUAUUGUAACGCAAAAUGGGGCUUCGUCGCUUGGAUCAGUAGACUUGAAACAAGCCACGGACAAUUACAUGCUUGCCACCUACCGCGAAGGACGACGCAAUCUAGAAGAGACGGUUAGGGAAUAG